AUGGUCAGUGUCGGUGUCGGUGAGGGUAACCUGUUCACCAUGAACCACUGCGCGCGCUGCCUCUCCAUCGCGGUCGCCCUGUUGAUGCUGCCAGCGCACGGUCCGGGGCGCAGAGCGGAGCUCGCGGUGACGGCGGAGUACUCCUCUAAAACCGACUUGGACUAUGAGUUUGGGGACUACCGGGGGAAGUGGUGCAUCGACGACCACGGGUUCGUUUAUGGGAUCGGAGAGAUUUACUACCCGAGCCCGACGGCGUGUCCGUGCACGUGCACCGUGGACGGUCCCGUGUGCGUCCGACCCAAGUGUCCACGCAUCCAUCCUCGGUGCACGCGGAUCAGAUACAGGGCAUGCUGUCCGGUGUGCGAGGCUAUGGCCAGGGUGUGUGUGUACGGGGGUAAGACGUACCGGCUCCUGGAGGAGUUCAGGUUGUCGAGGUGUGAGCGAUGUCGCUGCGAGGCCAACAGAGAGGUGUACUGCAGCAUUUCGGACUGCCCUGCCCCUCACUGCGUUAACCCUACCUAUGAACCCAACCACUGCUGCCCCAUCUGUAAGACUGGUCCCAACUGCUUUGCUGGGAACAGGGUGAUUCCAGCAGGGGAGCGUGUCAACAUUGAUGAGCAGACGGUAUGCUACUGCACCUACCGGGAUGGAACGUGGCACACUCAUCCCCAGGCCACCUGUGAACAGCGCCCCCAGCCCAGCCCGACACCAAGCACUCGCAUCAAGACCCCUGGGGACGAGGAGUCCAGUGGGAGACAUGGGAGGCCGUAUAUUCCCAGACUAGAUGUGAUACCAUGAAGUGUAAAAUAAAUGAGUCAUUGAGAGAAAGCCACUUAGCAGGUGCAAAUAAAGGCUAGUUCUAUUGAGCAGUAUCAGAACGGCCAACUUUGGUUCCAAUAUAUCAUAACUCAGCCUGCCAGAUCACGUUAUCACAA